AUGCGUAUCAACGCCGCCUUUACCUCGGCUCUGGUGUCCUCGGCCACUCUCAUGGGUUAUGCCCACGCAGAGGAGGCUGAAAAGCCCGCCGACGCUACUUCCGUCGUCGAGAAGCCUACCUUCACCCCUUCUACCAUCAAAGCUCCUUUCGUUGAACAGUUCACGGAGGGCUGGGAUUCGAGAUGGACUCCGUCUCACGCCAAGAAGGAUGACUCCAAGUCGGAGGAGGACUGGGCCUACGUCGGUGAAUGGUCCGUGGAGGAACCCAGCGUCUUCAAGGGUAUCGAGGGCGACAAGGGUCUCGUCGUCAAGAACGCUGCGGCCCACCACGCCAUCUCGGCCAAGUUCCCCAAGAAGGUGGACAACAAGGGCAAGACCCUGGUUGUCCAGUACGAGGUCAAGCCGCAGAACUCUCUGGUCUGCGGUGGUGCCUACCUGAAGCUUCUCCAAGAGAACAAGAAGCUUCACGCCGAGGAGUUCUCCAACGCGACUCCCUAUGUCAUCAUGUUCGGUCCCGACAAGUGCGGUGCUACCAACAAGGUGCACUUCAUCUUCCGUCACAAGAACCCCAAGACCGGCGAGUAUGAGGAGAAGCAUCUCAAGGCUCCCCCUGCUGCCCGUACCUCGAAGCUCACUUCGCUGUACACCCUGGUCAUCAAGCCCGACCAGACCUUCCAGAUCCUCAUCGACGGCGAGUCGGUCAAGGAGGGCAGCUUGCUGGAGGACUUCAACCCUCCCGUCAACCCCGAGAAGGAGAUUGAUGACCCCAAGGACAAGAAGCCCUCCGACUGGGUUGACGAGGCUAAGAUUGCCGACCCCGAGGCCAAGAAGCCCGAGGACUGGGAUGAGGAGGCUCCCUUCGAGAUUGUCGACGAGGAGGCCACUAUCCCCGAAGACUGGCUGCAGGACGAGCCCACUAGCAUCCCCGACCCCGAGGCUGAAAAGCCUGAGGACUGGGAUGAUGAGGAGGAUGGUGACUGGAUCCCUCCCACCGUCCCCAACCCCAAGUGUAACGAGGUCUCCGGCUGUGGUGCCUGGGAGGCUCCCAUGAAGAAGAACCCCGCCUACAAGGGCAAGUGGUCCGCUCCUCUGAUCGACAACCCGGCCUACAAGGGACCCUGGGCUCCCCGCAAGAUCGCCAACCCCGCCUACUUUGAGGACAAGACCCCCUCCAACCUGGAACCUAUUGGCGCUAUUGGCUUCGAGAUCUGGACCAUGCAGAACGACAUCCUGUUUGACAACAUCUACAUCGGUCACUCCGUCGAGGAUGCUGAGCAGCUUCGCAAGGAGACUUUUGACGUCAAGCACCCCGUCGAGGCGGCCGAGGAGGAAGCCUCCAAGCCCAAGCCCGAAGAGAAGCCCGUCACUACCAGCGUUAGCUUCAAGGAGGACCCCGUCACCUACAUCCGUGAGAAGGUCGACUCCUUCGUUGUUCUCGCCAAGCAGGACCCCGUCAACGCCGUGAAGCAGGUUCCCGAGGUCGCCGGUGGUCUCGGUGCUCUUGUGCUGACGAUGGUCCUCAUCAUCGUUGGCGCUAUCGGCUCUAGCACUCCCGCUCCCGCUCCCGCCAAGAAGGGCAAGGAAGCCGCCGGAGCAGGCAAGGAGAAGGCUGGCUCUGCCACCACUUCUUCGGCCGACACUGACAACAAGGGCAAGGCCACCAAGCGUACCACGCGGUCGUCGGCGGAGUAA